UCACUUUUAACUUGGACACUUUCGGAGUCCCAAGCUCCAGGCUUGAAUUGAUAAUCGGAAUUGCCAUAAGAUCCUUUCCUCCAGUCCCCUUCACUACUCUCGUUUUAACGUUUUUGAAUUAAUCUACAGUUUUCAUUUGCUGUCAAACGCCGGUUCUUUUGUCGCUCGAAACAUACAACUUUGAGUCUUAUCAUAGCAGUAGUUUCGUCCCAAAAGUGUUCAUAAAUUGUUUCUUUGAAAAUAAGCUUUUAAUUUUCUCUGUAUACAAUGACUAAACAAGCACUUAUCAUUCUUGCAGAAGGAGCGGAGGAAAUGGAAGCGGUUAUAACGAUUGACACUCUUCGUCGUGGGGGAAUAGAUGUAGUGGUUGCUGGUCUUGCUGGAAAAGAAGUUGUCAAAUGCAGUCGGAUGGUGUCAAUUCUUCCAGAUACAAGUCUUGAAGAAGCUCAAAAGAACUCACUCUAUGAUGUAGUUAUUUUACCUGGGGGGUUAAAAGGAGCUGAACUUCUAAGUGAAUCCCAACUAGUUGGUCAAAUUUUAAAGCAACAUGAAAAAGAAGGGAAAAUUGUUGCAGCAAUUUGUGCAGCUCCUAUUGCCUUUAAAUCUCAUGGCAUUGCCAGUGGAAAAAGUAUAACAUCUUAUCCAAGCAUGAAAGAAAGACUGGUUGAUGCUUAUCAAUAUAAUGAUGGGGACAGAGUGGUAGUUGAUGGUAACGUGACAACAAGUCGAGGACCUGGCACGGCGUUUGAAUUCGCCCUGUCUUUGGUGGAGCAACUCGUCGGAAAAGAAGUAGCUGAUUCGCUGGUUUCCCAGAUGAUCCUGAAAAUCUGAAAAUCUAUUACGGUAUCCUAUAUUGCACUUAUUAUCUGAAAGACAUUAAAAAGAUAAUAAGGAAGAUUAGAUAAUAGAAAUAGACAUGUGUGAAUAAAUUAUGAAUCAUCAGUAAUAAAAGGCAGUGUUUCUCACCAUUCAUUGCUGGAUAUGAUUAUUGAGCCUGCCUACUGAUAUUAGGUUCGAAAUCUUGGUUGGAAUUGGUUCGGUAAAUAUUAUCAGCCUUGAUUGAAAUAAAUAAAAUUGAAAUUGAGUGAA